GUGCAAGAAAAAUGGCCAAGGAUUCUGCUUUGAAUUUUCAACUUUCUCUGUAGUUAAGGUGUUCAAUUUUCCAGCCAUCCAAACGGAACAUAUAGUGGAAUAUUUACCAGGAAAUUGAGGUCGUCGUCUCUGCGAAUUUUCUCGCCAAACAAACGGAGGUUUUUAAGUUGACGAAGGGGCAGAGUCGGGAGACAGAAUUAAAAGACAGACAGAAAAAGAUGAUGUCCGCUUCUUCAUCGUCAGCUACAGUAGCAGUGGAGAAGGCGACGAGCGACCUUCUGAUCGGUCCUGAUUGGACUAUGAACAUCGAUAUCUGUGAUUCCGUCAAUUCACACCAUUGGCAGGCAAAGGAUGUUGUAAAAGCUGUGAAGAGAAGGUUGCAGCACAAGAAUCUGAAAGUUCAACUGCUUGCUCUAACGCUGUUGGAGACAAUGGUGAAGAAUUGUGGUGACUAUGUCCAUUUUCAGAUUGCUGACAGAAAUAUAUUGGGGGAGAUGGUAAAAAUUGUGAGGAAGAAGGCAGACAUGCAUGUGAGGGAUAAAAUCUUGGUUCUGUUGGACUCUUGGCGGGAAGCAUUUGGUGGUCCUGGGGGAAAACAUCCUCAGUACUACUAUGCAUAUGAAGAACUAAGGCGUUCUGGAGUUAUAUUUCCACAACGUUCACAGGAUGCUGCUCUAAUAUUUACACCACCUGCCACCCUGAUGGUGAGACAACCUGGCUAUGGAAUGCCAAGCAAUUCUUCUAGAAGGCUUGAUGAGACAAUGGCUACAGAAUUUGAAAGUUUAAGCUUGUCUAGCUUGGACUCUAUGCGGGAUGUUGUGGAUCUCUUAAGUGACAUGCUGCAAGCAGUGAACCCUGGUGACAAGGCGGCAGUGAAAGAUGAAAUAAUAGUUGAUCUUGUUAAUCGUUGUCGUUCCUACCAAAAGAAGCUCAUGCAAAUGCUAACAACAACUGGGGAUGAGGAGUUGCUGGGUCGAGGUCUUGAACUAAAUGAUAGUCUGCAAAGUCUGCUUGCAAAACAUGAUGCCAUAGCUUCAGGUUCUUCCCUUCCAAGUCAAGCUGCAAAUUUAGUCACCAAACCAACUACCAAUGAAGUCAGAACUUCUGACAAACGAAUUGAAGUGAAAGAUUCUAGCCCAAGAACAAACGUGAGUGCCCUUGUACCUGUUGUUCCUAUGACUAGAAGCCAUUAUGACGAAGAUGAAGAAGUGGAGGAUGACUUUGCCCAGCUAGCUAGAAGGCACUCCAAAGCUCAGUCAACACCUGAUCAGAGCGCAGCUGCUGGAACAGUUGAGACUUCUGCAUUGAUGAAUAAUACGACAGCAACAUCAUAUGACCCCACUACCUCAGCCCCAGUUACAUGCAGUGCAUUAGCUCUGCCCAGUCCACCUGCACCAGUGAGGACAACAAAAGAGCAGGACAUGAUUGACCUUCUCAGUCUGGCCUUGUCAACAACAUCAACCUCCCCCCACACUCACACUCCAUCUACAUCUUACCAUACCAUCAAUCAGGUACCUGUUUCUCCCAGCUCACAAGGACAACCUUAUGCUUCUCAGACAUAUCCUGGAAAUCAGGGGCAGCUAUCCUACAAUACUUAUGUUGUUCCUUGGGCCCAACCUCAACCUCAGACUCAGACUCAGACUCAGACUCAGUCUCAGUCUCAGCCUCAGUCUCAGCCUCACCAACAAUACCAAUCUCAAGUCGAGCCACAAUUUCAGUCCCAACCUCAGUUCCAAUCACAAUUCCGAAUUCAACCCCAGCCACAGUUUCAAUCACAAUCCCAAAAUACAUCUCAGUUCCUGGCACAACCUCAUACUCAGGUCCAGUAUCAGUCCCAACCACAAUCUCAGAUCCAGUCACAAUUCCAUAAUCCACCUCAGUUACAGGCACAAUCGCAAAAUCAUUUCCAGCCACCUUUGCAGUCACAAGCUCAAAUCCAGGCACAAUCCCAUUCUCAACUCCGGCCAUUGUCACCACCCCAAUAUUCUCAAUACUCAUUUAGGUAUCCUCCUCCGCCGUGGGCAACAACACCAGGUUAUCUCAACGGCCAAAAUAGCUCAUCUGCUACAAAUACCAUAUUCCCAACUCCCCAGCCGAGCAUGACCAUGACAAAUACAGCCAUGCAACCAGCUAGACCUUCUCAGCUCUAUAGCUCAGACACCUCAAGAGCAAGCAACGGUUCAUCCACAAUUAGGGAUCCUCGGGUGAGUCCAGGACCUAGAAGCCCUGCUCCUGCAGGCGGCCAGAAGCCAUUUAUUCCAUCGUAUCGACUGUUUGAAGAUUUGAAUGUGCUUGGUAGUGCAGAUGGAAAGCUUAAAGUGGUAGGCAGUACUUCACCUAGUUUGUCAGGUACUGCUACCCAAGGUAUGGUUGGUGGUAGGAAAUAGAAAGCUUUGCACAGGAAAGACUUCUGUGUAUAUUUUAGCAGUAUUCUUUUUAACAGUUUAACGUAUUCUCUUAUAAUGAAUGGCAAUUUGGUUU